AUGCUCAGUAAAUUACUUCACGACUUGGGUUUUGGCUAUUAUUUAGAUUCUGUGGAGAUUAAAAUUUCACCAAUUCCACAUGAAAACGAUGAUAGUAUAUCCCAAAUGAUAGUACCAAAAGGUGAUUAUAAACAGCCACAGCAACUCAACCGGCCUAUUGAAAUAAUAUCGGAUCAUGAGAUAAGUAAAGGAGUUGAAGGUCAAGUCAAUGGAGCUGGUGUCCAAAUUAAAGGUAGUUAUGAUGCAAAGAAUGCUAAUAGUGCUAAAAAAAUUACAUAUGAAUGGGAAGCGGAGCGAGAUGGUUGUGGUACAACCGGGGUGUGCUGGCUAUAUAGACCUGUCAAUAACAAGAAAUGUUUAUUGUUCCGGGUAUUCACUCUGGUCAUUGGUACACUUUGA